AUGUCUUUGCCGUCAGUUUCUCUUCCUAUUACAAAUAUAAAUGAGAUAUCCGAUAUUGCAUUUUCACCUGACGGAGUAACACUUGGUGUCCUUAGUGAGCAUGGUGCAGUUCAUGUUUUUGAAAUCAACGAAAAUCGACAAUAUACAAAAAUUGCAACCACAACUCCAACAUCAAAUUAUGCGACUUCAAUAUCAUUUGGACCAAUAGAUCUCGGAACAGUUUUUAUUGUUGGCGAUGAUAAUGGUCAUAUCUUUAUUUAUCAAAAAAUAAAGGCAACCGAAAUUUCACAAAUUAUUACCUUAUCACAUCAUAAAGCAGCUAUAAAUUCCGUUGCGUGGGCGCCAAGUGGAUUGAUAUUUGCCGCUGCAGAUUCAGAAGGAAUGAUAUCAGUAACAACUGGAAUCCAAGAACAAUGGAACACCCAAUUAAUCAGAUUAUCAGAAUAUCCAUCGACAUGCGUUACUUGGUCGCCUCCUGGCUUCUACAGCUUUAUUGAUCGUCCAAAUGAUGCUCCAACAUUUUACUUAGCAGCUUCAUCAGCAAGCGGAUUCUUCGCUAUAUACGGAGUCAAUGAGAGACACCAAUGGGUUCCAAUUAUGCAGCCUGUUGAGGCUCAUAAUUGCUGCUGCAACGCAAUUGCAUGGAGGCCACUCCCUGGUUUCACCAGAUAUGAAAUUGCUACAUGCGGUGAUGAUUCUACAAUAAAAUUAUGGACUUAUUCCAAUAAUGCUUGGAGUUCCAUAAUUAUUGAUCAGCUUGCUCAGCCUGCAACAACCCUUAAAUGGUCAUCAAAUGGAUUCAUUCUUAGCGCAGGAUGUUCUUCUAAUAACAUUAUAUAUUAUAGAGAAAUGUCAGAUGGAACUUGGGCAAAGCUCCAAAGAUCCCAGAUGACAAAUUAG